AUGCCGGCAGUGGGGGUUGCUGACACUGAGAUGACCCCGGAUGAGAUCUCCGAUGAGGAAGACGAUGAUCCUAUAUGCCCUACGAUACGACUGACCAAGAAGGAGAUAGAUGCGAUCAGGGCCCCAUGGAAGAAAACUCUUAUCGUCAAGGUGAUGGGUAGGAGCGUGGGAUAUGCGUACUUGCUGAGGCGGCUUGGCUCCAUGUGGAAACCCAAAGGAAGCCUGGAGCUGAUAGCAAUCGAAAACGGGUAUUUCCUCGUGCGGUUUGGAUCGGUUGAUGAUAUCGAAUUCGCGAUGUUCGAGGGGCCGUGGAUGGUCUUAGAUCACUACCUGAUCGUGAAACCUUGGGAACCAGAUUUCGACCCUUAUUCUGAUCACACAGAAAAAAUGCUCGUAUGGGUAAGGAUCCCUUGUCUGCCUGCUGAGUAUUAUAACCUGAUAUUUCUCAAGAAGCUGGGUAACAAAGUUGGAAGAUCUAUCCGUGUCGAUCAGGCUACAAGUCUGGUGUCAAUGGGGUAUUUUGCCAGGAUCUGUGUGGAGGUUGACAUCACCCGACCUCUGAUCUUGAAGUUCAAAUACAAAGAUCGGGUGAGGUCUGUUGCCUAUGAAGGAAUUCACUUAGUGUGCUUCUCAUGUGAAGUAUACGGCCAUUCACCGGAUGCAUGCCUACAAACGAGGAAAUCCACGCAUGACGCAGACAAAUCGGAUGAUGGGGACGCGGACAGAACGGAAAAUAUUGUGGUGCAUGAGAAGGAAAACCGAACAGCUGUGAUUGGAUCAGCCCCUUUUGGUGAGUGGAUGAUAGCUCCAAAGAGGAAGGGGGGAGACCAACGGUGA